UCCACUGGGCAGCCAAGCAGGGCCGUCUCGACACGGUGGACUUGAUGUUUCUGUCCGGUGUGGACGUUAACGUCAGAUCGGGGUACACCGCACUUCACCUGGCCUCAAUCCACAGCCACCAGCACAUGGUCCUGGCCUUGAUCAACACUUACAAUGCUAAGACCAACAUCAGAGAUUACCAUGGGAAGAAGCCCGCUUACUACUGGAGUGGGCGUUCAGAUGCCUUCAACAUACCUGGAGCUCAGUCGGUGGCAAGUCCUGAUUGUAAACGUGAAGAGAUGUUUGGGAAGUUGGGCUAUGGAAGACGCUCCCAGCGCUACCCCCUGCCCGCCAUGCUGCUCUCCCGAUCUCGAAGCCAAGGCCAGCUCAGCACGGACCUCACCGCUGCCCCCCAGUCCCCUCGGCUCCACAUCCUGGACAUCCCAAUAGCCUUUUAAAAAGGUCUGCAUCACUGUUUCUGUGCACUUUGAGCCAUUCAAUGUUUGAGUCUCCAGGUGAUCCAUGUAGGAAUUGGGUGAAUACCUAAUGGUGGCAAACUAUAUGUGCCGACGAGGGCCCAUAUUUCACCCAUCCUGUCUCCAAUGGCCCUUGUAGAGUUUGUUUGGAGUUGGAAAAUUACACUAUUGCAGUUAGCACAGGUACCACAUUAGAAAGCCGUUUUCCACGCUUCAGUCCAUCUUUAAUUAAAUGAUAAUGUACUAAAGUAGAAAGGUGUUACACUUACCACCCAGCUGUAGUUUGCUCAAAUUUAGAGUGUUAAGACAAACGAUCAUCUAACAUUUUUUCAUUUUAAUUACAAAUGAGAUGUGUUUAUUGAAGCGUCAACACAUGUUUCAAACGUGUCUGGACCAACCACUCCCCAUCAGUAAAGCAUAAAUGUCCUCAUCGAGUUCCAGACCAUUGUCUAGCGCAUUGCAUAAAGCCCAUUAUGGCGCUGAUUAAGCCACACCAGGGUCAUCUGUGUAAAUGAUAAGCAGGAAAUUACUCUAUGUGAGGACACAGUCAGCAGCGAUAACCCAAACUGGCUUUAAUAAUGUGGAAAUUAGUGAGCUGCUGAAGGUCUGGGUGAUUUUUGUCUGUGUCUGAAGGCCAGUAAACCUAAUGAGAACAUAUCCAUGGUAAUGAUCGCAUCUGAAUACAAAUGUGCUGAAAAAGAUUCAUAAGCUGUAGGCUAAACAAUUCUCAACAUUUCUGUGUGUAUAAGCAUGUGCGUCAAAUCUAGAGGAAAAAUGUGAUGAUUCCCAUACAGUAUCUGUCUUCAUUUAUAUUUGGCGAGUGAGUGUGUCAUUAAUCUUUAAACCAAUAUUUCUAUAUACUGCCAAAAUAAUCAAAUCCACCUCACUGUCUCUGACUCAAUUGCAUAAUUUCAUAAUAAUAAUAAUCAAAGAAAGGCAUUUCUCUCUGGACAACAUAACAGCUAAAUAUAACCAUCAGCUUUAGUCGAUCAGUCAGAGUACAAAUAUCCCUUUUCAGUGAUACUUUUGUGGCCUAACACACACACAGUUAGGAGCUGAGCUGUCCAACGUAUUCACUGCUACCUGAUUGUGGAGUUUAUAUUCAGGCGAGGUGAUCCCUGGCCUAAAGGCACUCUGAGAGAGGGGGUGAGAGAGUGAGAUAAUUAAAGACAGAUUCCUCCACAACGACAAACAAACUGGGUUUUCCAUGGUUGGCUUCCUGCUUACAAAAACAAAAGUGUCAUUGCCAGUGGGAGGAUGACAUAGAGUCCAAUAUAAUUCCUGCUAUUGGAACCUCCAAUCUAGCAACGAAAUGUAAUUAAAGAUGUUCAGACAACAAAACAUCCCCAGGAAUAUGCCUCAGUUGUGUUGCAUGACGAUUUAAUCCAAUCUAACCUAAUUGUGAUUGGUACGUGCACUUGAGCUCUGUAGUAAGGGAACAACUGUCUAAUCCAUGAGAAGUCACUUUGAACGUCACUGCGCUAGGAAUCACUAAAGCAGCAUCUCUGCAAGAGCAAACACCCUACCCCCUCAGCCAAUCAAAAGCUCUUUAUUGAUAAAGCUGGGUCUGCCUCGAGCUUGAGGUUAACCAAUGAGAUGAGUUAUGUUUAUGGGUCCUUGAAUGCACUUCUCCACGGCGUGACAACAAUGCUGCGACCUUUGAACUUCUCUGCUUGCCUUCGUGACCUACGACCCCAGUAUUUUCCCACAGCUGUCAAUGUCCACAAUGGCUGUUAGGCCGGCCAGCCAAUGAGGUGAUGUGUGCACUUUGUCGAUAAGGAGGGGGGGGCAAAUGAAAACAGUGUCGUUAACUCAUCUACGGGUCAUUGUCUGUCCCAAAAUGGCUGUCACGGUGGCUCCCAGUCAAUGGGAAAUGGGGCCUAAUGAGCUGAAAAGCCACAUCAAAGGCGCACACAAAGAAAGCAAUCCCAGCAAUCCUCUGAUGUGUUACUCCAUGCAGAUUGCACAAAAGCCCCUUUGUUCUGAUGUGUUUCGGUGUUGAGUGUUAGCUAAUGUGUGUGGGGGGUGUGUCUGUGUGUGUGGGAGAGAGGCUGAAAGAGGGUGCGUAUUUGUCGGUCUGUGUUGUGGUCACCUUUUGAAUGACGCGACUAGUGCUUUGAAAACCACGACUUUUUGUGAGAUUAAUUGUAAUUGUAAGUGCUGUUUUAACUGGAGGUUUCAUUA